AUGCCUUCAGAAGGAGAAUCGUCAUCCAAGGCUGCUGAGAUUAAACCCUCAGAGACAACAGCCACCAGUAACAUUCGUCUCAAGUUUGAUGGACUCCCUAAGCUACAAGGGCAAUCCAACUACCAAACUUGGGCGAGUGCCUGGAGGAUAACGUUCGACGCUGUAGACUGGUGGGAAGCGUUGAGCAUCGAGAACCCUGACGAGAAUGACACCGAACUCAGCAACACCGAGAUAAAGAAGGCUCGUAAACAAAUGCACAGCCUUCUCAUCUCUGCUGUAUGCGAAGAAAUACAACCAACAGUCGUCUCCGCCGAAAAUGCAUUCUAUGCAUGGAAGGCGCUCAAAGACCUCUACGAUCGUGUCUCACCCAACACCACGAUCACCCUCCUCAGCCACGUCCUAGACACGAAGAUGCAAGAAGGCGGAUCACUGACCGAGCAUCUCGCAACCUUCGAUGCGAACUGGAAUACUCUUAAGUCCAGAUGCCAAAGCGCAGACCACAAACUCGCUCAGGCCCUCCUACCCCUCACCAAAUCCAACGAAGCCAUGGCGGCAUUCCUCCUAAGCUCGCUACCCAAAUCGAUGAGCAACGUUGUCGACAACAUCCAGACCAAACAGGAUGUUACUUACGAAGACGUUCGCCAACGACUACAGAACCUGGAUGAGGUAGCCCCUCAAACAGGAAACAAAGUACUCCAUACCAGGAGUACCACAAGCGACAAGGAAUGCACCUGGUGCAAGAAAAGGGGACAGCCUUAUAAAGGCCACGAGUACACGGAGUGCAGAAAGCUCAAAGAACAGAACAAGAACAGAAAGGGAAGGAGAAAGGACAACUCGGCAUCGGUUGUAGUAAAUGACUCUACAACCACUAUCUGUAUGGUACGCCACGACAACUCCCAACCCCUUACUUGGAUCCUUGAUUCUGGAGCAACCUCUCACGUCACACCCUUCCAAGACCAACUCAUCGACAUCCGACCUCACACCGGCAAUGUCCGAACAGCUGAUGGAACCAACCACGCUGUCACCGGAAUGGGAAGCGCUAGUUUCAGCUGCCACCUUCCCGAUGGAAGUAGAUCCUCCAUUCUCCUCACCAAUGUGCUGUUGGUCCCAACCUUGGGAAAUGUGGGAUUGGUCUCCGAAACCGUGCUCGACAAAAAGGGAUUUAGAACGGAGUCAGGAGGAGGAAGCAAGUUGGUUACAAAAGAAAAGAAAGGAAUAAUUUGGGGAAAAUUGGAGAAGGGACUUUGGAAUGUACAAGUAGUUAGCAAUACAGUUCGUUUGACCACUUACGAUGAAUGGCAUCAAGCGUUAGGCCACCCUGCGACACUAGAAAACUUGUAUCACGACAUUCAAAGGCUGCCUCCCAAACCAGAAAGUUUCCACUGCAGUCAAUGUGCACUAUCAAAAAGCGUACACAAGAAACCUGCACCAAUUAGUACUAGAUCCAAACGACCAUUCGAACUAAUCCACUCAGAUCUAUCUGGAAAGUUCAGUAUACAGUCACAAGGAAAAGCUCAGUACUAUAUGUCCUUCAUCGAUGAUUACACCCGCUUCGCAUGGAUAUAUCUCCUGAAACAAAAAGAAGACGCAAAGAAGGCCAUCAAGGCCUAUGUUACAAGGAUCGAGAAACAGUAUAGCACAACAAUACUGAGAUUCAGAACGGAUGGUGGUGGUGAAUACAUCAACAAGGACAUAACGAACUACUUCGAUUCACAAGGAAUAGUUCAUGAACAGACUCCCCCAUACACUCCUGAAUCUAAUGGAGUUGCAGAACGAUUCAACAAGACGGUAACCACAAUGGUCAGGUGCAUGAUCAUGGACCAUCCUAAGUCGUUAUGGGGAGAAGCAUACGCAACAGCUGUCUACCUCAAAAACAGGCUACCACACAGUACGCUUAAGGGAAAGACCCCCUUUGAAGCCCUGAAAGGAACCAAGCCAAGUAUACAACACCUUCAACCAUUCGGUAAAAAAUGCUAUGUCCACAUCCCAGAAAACUCUAGGCCAGCAGGAAGCAAACUAGCACCCCGAGCAUAUGAAGGAAUCAUAGUUGGAUACUCAGACAGUAAUAAAAUAUACCGUAUCUGGAUAGGAACACAACAUAGGGUAAUUGAAAGUCGGGACGUCACAUUCCCCCCUCCUGAAUCAGGGGAAGUCUCAGUGGAACUCGACUUCAUCCCCAGCCUGAAACCAGAAACGGCAACUGCACCAUCAGACGACGGAUACGAAUCAGAAGACAGGUCUGAUCCAGAACCCGAGUCAAAUGCAAUCGAAGAGAACCGUACAGAAAUGCCAGGAUUGUUCCCGGAAUCACCGGAACAGGUUAGACAACCACCACCGGCUACACCACACAAGGGAAAACAACCUGCCGUACCUAUGGGACAACCGAGAGACCCAAGAGACAACUGGGAGAAAAUUCCAGCACCAGUCGUACCAUUCAAAGGUUUCAAAGGAAAACCACUUGCGUCAACGACACCCAAAGGUACACCACCACAACCUCCAAAACAAUCAGAUCCACCACCAGCUCCAAGACGAUCGAAUCGCGUCCGUAAGAAAAUGGAUUAUGAACUUGAUAAGGAAAUAAGAAGGAAGGAAUACAACAACAAGGUAAUACAACUACAGGAGCAACAAAAAGGGUACAUUGAAUCAAUACGAGAGGACGGUCCAAUAGAUGAAGACGAAUGUCAAGCAAUGAUUAAAGAAUUCAAAGCCGACAUUAUAAAAGCCAGAAAGGAUUUGGACCUAGAAUACCAAGAUAUAUCCAAUGAACCUGCGAUCUACCGUGUACACCUUGUAACCGAACCUUCAACCUAUCAUCAAGCCAUGAACAGCGACGAUCAACAUCUAUGGAAAAAGGCGAUACAGACUGAGAAAGACGCCCUUGACAAAGCCCAUACCUGGGACAUUGUCAACCGACCAACCAACCGAGCAGUAGUCAAAGGAAAGUGGGUAUUUAAAGUGAAACACAACGCGGACGGAACAAUCGAACGGUACAAAGCAAGGUACGUUGCUAAAGGCUUCACCCAAGUACAGUACCAAGACUACGAUGAGACCUUCGCCCCCGUUGCACGAUAUGAUUCUCUACGACUCCUACUGGCACUAGCUGCACAUAACGGUUGGAUACCACAACAAAUGGACGUCAAGUCAGCCUUCCUGUAUGGUGUAUUGAAGGAGGAAAUAUACAUGGAACUGCCUGAAGGCUACAGGCAGGACAACAAGGUUUGUAAACUUCGAAAAUGUAUAUACGGACUAAAGCAAUCACCCCGUGAAUGGUAUGCUUGCCUAGCAGACUCCCUUCAACGGAAAGGAUUCGUCCCAGCCAAAUUCGACCCAUGUGUCUUCAUACAUAAGAACCACCAUCUAUACAUAUCGGUGUAUGUAGAUGACAUCAUGAUAUUCGGACCCGACUCCCCAUUCAGAAAAGAAAUCAGACAACUCCUCAAGGCAGAUUUCGAAUGUACGGAUCUCGGUAACUCGAAGUUCAUACUGGGAAUAGAAAUAACGGUAACCAACAACGGUAUCACGCUAUCACAACGCGCAUACAUCAACAAGAUCCUGGAUAAAUUUGGAAUGAGUAACUGCAAACCAGUUGGCACACCUCUCGAACCGAACCUCAACCUUCACAAAGGCGAACUGGAAGACCAAAUCGAGAAGCCAACUGAGUACCAAUCUAUAAUAGGUUCACUGAUGUACGCGAGUAUAGCUACCCGACCUGAUAUCACCCAUGCCGUUACCGCUCUAUCUCAGUACUCCUCAUGCCCAACCGAGGAUCACCUACGAGCAGCCAAGCGAACUCUCCGAUACCUCAACGGAACCAAAGACUGGAACCUGUUCUACCCGAAGGGGAAUACCAGAACACUCGACGGAUUCUCAGACAGUUCCUACGCUUCAGAUCUAGAUGACAGAAAAUCGUUCUCAGGAUACGUGUUCAGACUAGGGAAGUCAGCCAUCAGCUGGAGAAGCCGGAAGCAGAAAUCAGUCGCAGUCUCAACCACAGAAGCCGAAUACAUGGCCCUGUCCCUCGCAGCUCGACAACUGGUAUGGAUUCGUAAUGCCUUGCACGAACUCCAACAACAAUACCAGUACUUCAUACACGCCGACAACACAGGUUCUAUCGAACUCUGUCGGAACCCACGCAUCCACGACCGGUCCAAGCACAUCGACGUUCACUACCACUACACACGUGAACAACUCGAAGCCGGAACCUUCGAAAUCCUCUAUGUCCCUACCGAAGACAAUGUCGCGGACAUAAUGACCAAAGGACUACCAAAACCAGCUCACCAAAAAUUGUCAGAAUUGAUACGAUGUGGCAAGUGA